GAAGGAAUCAAUCCUGCAAAUAUCAGAAAUGGUUGAGCAUAUGUACGAGUCUAGAUCAGAGUUUAUUAACAUUUGGAUAUAAACGAGCGUAUACUAUAGAAUGUACCAUUAGUCAAGACUGUUGAGAAAAAAGUGAGUAUGGGGGAAGUGCUAUAAAGUGCUAUCGACGGAAGAAAUAGUAGUCAUCAUCUAUUCUUACACCCACUCGGAUUUAUUGCAACUAACUUAUCUUCUAGGUGAAUAUAAUAUAAGGAGAUUGUUCAUAAGCGACUGUUAUUAACUGCGUUCUAAGAAUUCAUUCAAUCUUGCUAAUGGUCACAGAUGUAGAAUGAGAGUACAAAAAACAAAAUUGACAUAGUGCUUAUUAGACGCUAAAGAACAGCUCAUAAUUUGCCGAGGGCGGGUUUCUGGUUUUCGCUAAGUAAUAAAGGAAAGCACUUUUCAUGAACUAGAGUGCGAAGUACACAUUGGAAGAUUAAGAGACGGUAUUCAUCAUGAACCAAAGUGAAGUGGUAUUAGCGGGAGGGACGAUCGCCUUCAAUGACACCCCUGGGUACAGUAUCGAUGCAAUUAAUAAGACAACUGAUGCAAAUAUUACGAUUGGAAAUAAGGAACCGUGUGUUCCUGCAUAUCUAUUUGCAAUUCCGCAUAACUUUGUUAUAUUUACGAUUACUAUAACUAUCGUGCUUGAUACGUUAAUAAGUGUGCUAGGAAUUGCUGGAAAUAUUUUAUCAAUCGUUAUCCUUUCAAAAGAGAAACACUUAACUACAAGUAUAUACCUACUCCGUGCGCUAGCUAUUUCAGAUAUGUCGUUUCUCAUGCUAGUGAUUUUUAUAGACCCGAUGUACGCAAUGUAUACCACCACGCAUUUUGUGCCACAGACUGCAGCGUGGCCGAACCAGAUGACAUCAGCUCUGCCGUACAUCCUCCCCGUCAUUUCUACAUCACAAACACUUACCACCUGGAUGGUUCUCCUGGUUACAAUUGACCGAUUCAUACAGGUCUGCAUCCCGCUCUCGGCCUCAAGACUCUGCACGCUGCCUCGCGCUAAGAUGGCCGUAGUGGUUACGGUAGGGCUAUCCUUUAUGUACAAUGUACCCCGAUUUUGGGAAUAUGUACCUAAUAAUGUCCAGUUCCCCUGUGGAACUACGGUCGUACUAGGCUACACGGCUUUUGGAAAGAACAAUUACUACACGUACAUCUACCAGAUUUGCUUAAAUGCUAUAUUUCGCUAUAUGGGCCCAGUGCUCGUUUUGAUCAUCCUCAAUGGUAAUUUGAUAAUUGCCUUGAAAGACGCGCAUCGGAGAAGGCAACAAAUGACUGGUAACGAAAAGGAAGCACAAAACAUCACCUUUACGUUGGUGAUUGUGGCCACAAGCUUUCUUUUGUGUAUCAUGCCCUACAACACUGUCAACGUAAUGGUAACUCUUUGGAACACAAACAAUGCUGCGAAACCCGAUCAAUUAAUUAUGCGAUACCUUCUUGCAGUUGGGAACUUUCUUUUAAAAGUAAACUCAUCGGUUAACUUCCUGAUAUAUUGUCUGACGGGAAAACGAUUCCGAGAGACAUUCAUUAGUAUGUGUUGUCCGGGGUUUCGUAGAGGACAACGGUAUAAUGCAGUGAACAGUAAACCGCCGAAGGAGUUAUCUGAUAAUAGUACCGUUCAAACUGUUGUCCAUAGCUCGACAAAGGGGGACACUAAAAUGUCGCUGUUAUGACUAGGACUUUGUAGCUGCAGCUCUAGUAACAGUAACACUUCGAUAGAGACUACCGCAGUUAGCAUGUCGAAAACGCGAGCUGACGCUACAAAAAACGGCAACCUUGCUGAGUCCAAGACUAAUAAUGUAACACUUGUGUAGAUAGAUUAAUGGGGUGCAUCGAGUGCAUUCAAUUAUGUCUUCGCUUUCGAGCUACUAAAUAG